AUGAUUAAUCCAUAAAUCACAGUUUUUAAUGUGUUCUUUAGGAAAUUAGAUUUUCUAUAGAAUUUCGCAUUUUAUAGAAAGCUUAAUCAAGAGAAGAGACAAAGAUUAGUUACUGUUUGGAGAAGAGUGUUUCUGGCAUCUUAUUUUAUUGGAAUAAUGAGAUCUUUUUAGAAUAGAGUAAAGAUUUAUGGAGCAAUAAGACAAGAUGAUCAUAUGGAUUUAAUAGAGGAUGAAGUUUUUAAAUCAAAUUAAGAAGAAAAGAAAGUAUAUGUAUUUUAUCCAGAUGAAUAAUUUAAAACAGUUUGGAAUAUGCUAUUGAUAUUUUUAUUAUUGGCAACUGCAGUCAUAACUCCAUUUAAAGUUUGUUUUGUAUGAAAUUACAUUACUAUAAUUAGAUUGAUUCUGGAAAUGAAGGUUUUUGGUUUUGGGUAGAUGUAAUAUUUGAUGUUUUGUUCUUUGCAGAUAUUAUAAUAAACUUUAUGAGUGCAUUUUAUGAUGAGGAAUAGAAAAUUGUUGAUAAUUAUAGAAUGAUAGCCAAAUAAUAUAUAUAUGGAUGGUUUACAGUUGAUGUUAUUGCAGUUUUACCAAUUACUUAUUUUCUAGAUGAUAAUACAGAUACAGCAGCACUUAGAUAUAAUAAAUUACUUAGAUUGAUUCGUUUACCUCGUUUAUAUAGAUUAGUUCGUUUAUUAAAGAUUUCAAAAGCUAAUUUGAAUAUUAAAAAUAAAACAUAAGCUGCUAGAAUCCUAUCUUAUUUAGGAAUCAAUGAAGGUAUUAUCAAGGGAUUGAUUCUCUUAGGUAAAAUCUUAUUGAUAAAUCAUCUAAUUGCUUGUUUUUGGUAUUUCAUAGCAAAAUUCAAUGAAUUUGAUCCUAACACUUGGGUUGCUUAAGCACAUCUUGAUGAUGCUACUUUAUAUAAUAAAUAUAUUGCUGCUUUUGAAUGGAGUUUAUAGACUCUCACAACUGUAGGUUAUGGUGAUAUUAAGGCUACUACAAUUGAAGAACGUAUAUUUGCUAUUAUUUGGAUGAUCUUUGGAACUGGAUUCUUUUCAUAUACUUUAGGAAAAUUAUCAUCUAUUUUGGAGAAUGUAGAUAAAAAAUGGGUUGAUUUUGAAAGAAGAAUGCAUUUAUUUAAUGAUUUUUCAGUUAGAGUUAAAUUACCAUAUGCUUUAAAAUGCAAAGUACAUAAAUAUUAUAGAAAUAAUUAUCUAAAAAAUGUGUAUUCAUCUCUAGAUCCUAAGAAAUUGAUUUAAGAAUUACCAUCAUAAAUUCGAAAUGAAUUAUUGAUGAUUUGUUAUAAAUAUUUGAUAGAUAGUGUUUCAUUACUUAAGAUUGAUAAGAAUUUUACAGCUACUAUACUACCUCAUCUUAAUUUCUUAGAAGUCCAUCCUGGAGAGAUUAUAUAUAGACAGGAUGACCCACCUACAGACAUUUAUUUUAUUGAAAAGGGAAAAGUCAAUUUUGUUACUCAUGAUAAAUAUACAUUAAUUACUCUAUUGGAAGCAUCAUUUUUUGGUGAAAUAGAAGCAUUUGAAGAUAUCAAUAGAGAAUAUUUUGCUAUUGCUAAAGAACCAACAAAUUUGUAAUUAUAUUAUAAAUACAUUAUUAGAUUCUUUUGUUCAUAUGAUAUUUUUAGAAAUCUUUUAAAAGAAUUCCCUACAGUGGCUUCUGAGGUUAAAAUAAUCUAUGAUAAAAGGAAAUCAAAAUAUAAAACUUGUUUAUAUAUGAUUGAAUUAUAGAGAAAACGUAAUUCUGGAUCUGAUCCAAAAGAAGUAUUCAUUUACAUCAAUGUAGGAAUUAUAAAAUAGUACUUAAUAUUAUUUAGGAUUAAUUGCUUAAUAUGAAGAAGAGUAAAAUAGAAUGAAUUCUUCUAAAGGUUUAGUUAAUACAAAGAAGAAAAGCGUACUAGAUUAAUUUUCUUUUAAAAAGAAAUAAUAAAAAAUGUCUGUGUUUCAAACACUCAAAUGAUAUAUAAUUAAAUAAUAUAUAAUUAAAUUAUGAAACAGCAAAAAAAAUUAGUGCUACAUUUCGAUUUGAAUAAAACUAUUAUAUUGGCUGAUUCCAAAUAUAUCAAUUAAACUAAAGAAGAAUGUGUAUUAUAUAAAAUCUUUAAUUUUAGUUAUAAGAAAUAUUGGUUGGAUAUGCAUGGGGUAAAUUAGAAUAGAGAGAUGAAAAAUCCCCAGUCUUAUGGAAAUUGUUAACAAAUAACUUCACUCCAAUUAGACCUGCUGAAGAUAUGAUAUCUUAUAAAGAAUAUAUUUGUUAACAAUUUCCACUCAAAACUGAAGGAGAUCCAGAUGAUAUUACAGAAUAUAAUAACAGUGCUAUGUAAGAUAGAUUAAUAAUUUAUUUUAGAGAAUAAAGAAAACAAUUAUAUUUUUAGUUUGUCAAAUUAGGAUAACCAUGUAUGAAGUUGAAACCGGAAUAUGAUAGGAUUGUCAAAUUAAUUGUAUUAUAUUUAUUAUUAAUAUAAAUUAGACUUUACCAAAGGCUGUAAUUGAAGAAUUAAAAUAAUAAGCUGAAGAAUUUGGUUUUUUGAAUGAAGAUGAGGUUAAGUAAAGAAAUUUAACAUAAUUGUUAUCUGAUAAGGAUAUGUUAAAUAAUUUAUUUUCAGAUAAUAAAUAUUAAUUGUUACCUACAUUUUAUAAGACAAUAAUAAAUUUGAAAAAAUAGAAGAGAGAAUUUGCAAUAGUAUUUCGACCAUUUGGAACUGAUCCAAAAAACAUAUUAAGAGAAUUUAAUAAAUUUUGUUUAGGAGAACAUCCAUGUUUUAGUGGUAGAAAUAAUACACCAAUAGUUAAAUUUGAUGGAUCAAAAGGGACUAAAAAUUAUAUUGUUUUGGAUAAAUAAUGUGCUUUAGUUUAUAGACAAUAAAAAUAAUUAGUAACAGGAACUUUAAGAAGAACAGAUAAAUAAUAAUUAGAAGAUGGAUAUGAAAAAGAAUUAGAAGAAGAAUAAGUCUAAAUAUAUAAUGAAACAUAAAUGUUAUUAAAGAUAACUGAAUCAUUAAAGGAAAGUUGUGCUUUAUGUUAUGUUGAUGAUUUUAACUUUUAUUAAGCAUAACCAAGUGAAUAAAAUGCUAAAUAAUUAUAUGUUGAUUAAUAAGAUGCUGAUACACUUCAUAUAUUUUUUGAUGAUGGAAUUUAAGAGUAAUUAUAUAUUUUAUAUAUAUAGAAAUGAAAAUAAUAUAGUUUAAGUGACAGAUUGUGUAACAUUAGAAAAUUUAAGUAGAAAGAGAUGUUUGAAUAAAUAUUUAGUACAUGUGGAUAUAUUAGAUGUUAUUAAAGAUCCUGAUUAUUUCAUAAAAUAAAUUGAAAUUUGUGAAAGAAAUAGAAAUGAAGAAAUUGAAAGAAUAGAAAAAGGCAUACCUGAAGAAUAAGCUGAAAUACCUAAGAAAAGUGAUUGGGAAUUAUUGGAAGAAUGCUCUGAUGCUGAUUAUCUUCGUAAGACAAUAUUACCUUUAUUAAUGCCUGCUUUAUAAUUGGUAGACAUAGAAAGACCUAAAGAUCCACUUGAAUUUAUAGCCAUGUAUUGUUUAAAGAAUAAAGAAAUGGUCAAGAUUCCAUAACCACCUGAAUAAUAAGAAUGA